AUGCCGAUCCCCGUCCCCAAAGCCGAGAGCCUGCACGACCUCCUUAGCCUGAAGGGCAAGGUCGUUGUAGUCACCGGAGCCUCGGGUCCUCGUGGUAUGGGUAUUGAAGCGGCACGCGGUUGCGCCGAGAUGGGCGCCGACGUCGCCAUCACCUACUCGUCACGACCGGAGGGCGGAGAGAAAAACGCCAAGGAGCUCAAGGAAAAAUACGGAGUCAAGGUCAAGGCCUACAAGUGUGAUGUGGGCAACUGGCAGAACGUGGAAAGCGUCGUGAAGGAAGUCAUCAAAGACUUCGGCAAGAUUGAUGCAUUCGUUGCCAACGCCGGUCGCACGGCCAACAGCGGCAUCCUUGAUGGAUCAGUGCAGGACUGGGAAGAAGUCGUCCAGACCGAUCUGACGGGCACAUUCCAUUGCGCCAAAGCCGUGGGCGCGCACUUCAAGGAACGCGGCACGGGUAGCUUCGUUAUUACCUCAUCGAUGUCCGGCCACAUCGUCAACUUCCCGCAGGAACAGACCUCCUACAACGUCGCUAAGGCGGGCUGUAUCCACAUGGCGCGGUCGCUGGCCAACGAAUGGCGCGACUUUGCCCGCGUCAACAGCAUUUCCCCCGGUUACAUUGACACCGGCUUGUCGGACUUUGUCGAGAAGAAGACCCAGGAUUUGUGGCUGUCCAUGAUCCCCAUGGGCCGCAAUGGCGACGCCAAGGAGCUCAAGGGUGCCUAUGUGUACCUGUGCAGCGAUGCCAGUACCUACAUGACUGGCAACGACAUGAUCAUCGACGGCGGGUACUGCGUGCGGUAG